AUGAAUGAAAUCAACGUUCCAGUCUUCUCAAUGGCCACUGCCCUCCGCGAAGUGGUUUCCUGUUAUGAUCCCUCCCAAACACCUUUGGCUUUAUUGUGUGCAUCGCCUGGGAUUCGUUGGGUCUGUGAAGAAAAGCGAAAAACAAUUGUGGGACCCUGCAGUUUACAUCUCUCCAGUGAUGGAUCUCGCCGUAUUUCAUGGGAGUCUUCUUCUUCUUCUUCGCCUUCACAUCCUUCUCUUGUGGAGAAUACCCUACAGUCUGUGGUCUGGUGGUGUAAUCGUCCUUCAUAUAGUGGAAAUUGGAUUCCACCAACAUGUUUAGAUCUUCAUGCGAUUUCAUGUUUAAAUGGAGAUCAUUUAAAUGUUGUUUUUGCUUUUCAAUCGCUUGUACAAUUAUCCCUUCGUCGUUCCCGUAUUGAGGAUGUUAAUAUACUUGGAAUGUUACCACUUCUAAAAAGAUUAGAUUUAACACAAUCACAUGUUGUGGAUAGUGGUAUUAAAGGUCUUGGGAAUAGUUUGAGUUUAGUAGAUGUGACUUUCUGGGGUUGUAAUGCCAUUACAGAUGUAAAUAUACUUUAUAAGAUUCCAACACUAGAAAGUGUAAAUCUUACAGAAACAUCUGUAUAUGAUGAUGGUGUUGCGGGAUUGUCCAAUAGUUUAAGUAUUAAAUUACUGAAUAUGGAUACGUGUGAGUUGAUUAAAGAUGUAGGAUGUUUUGGGAAAUCACCAAAGUUAGAGAAAUUACUCUUGGUAGUAACUUCUGUUAACAAUAAUGGUGUUUUAAAUCUUUCUAACAGUAAGAGUCUUGUUGAACUUGAUCUAUGGGGAUGUAAAGAUGUAAAUGAUGUGAAUUCCUUAGGGAAAAUACCUACACUACGAAGAUUAGAUCUAUUUGGGACGUCGGUAACGAAUGAAGGUAUAAUAGGUUUAGGGGAAAGUCGUAGUCUUGAAGAAAUUGAUUUCACAGGUUGUGUACAUAUCAGUAAUGUUAGUGUAUUGGCAUCUAUACAUACUCUUCGGCAUGUAGGGCUUUUACACACAUCAGUUGAAAAUAUUGAAGAUCUAGUUGAUAAGGAAAUAACGAUUGCAUUGUGA